AUGGCCUCAGAAAGAUAUAGGAGAAAUAACAUUGCUUCUCUCACCACGGAUGAUGGUUAUUGUGUUGAAGAUCAUGCGGGCAAAGAAUCAGUUAUUUUUCAAGCUUUCAAAAAACAGCUUGGAUCUUCUCAGCAACAUGAGAUGAAGUUUGAUUUAGCUAGAUUGAUCAAGAAGGUUGAAGAUUUGGACCAACUAACUGUACCUUUCACUCACCAGGAAAUUGACGACGUCAUUAAAUACAUGCCUGCGGAUAGGGCUUCGGGUCCAGAUGGUUUCACUGGACACUUUCUCAAAUCUUGUUGGCACGUGAUUAAAGAAGACUUUUACCUUCUGUGCAAUCAAUUUCAUGAGGGCAACUUAAAUCUGGAGAGUAUUAAUGAGGGCUUCAUUACUUUGAUCCCAAAAAUUAAUGCACCUGCUUCAGUCAAUGAUUCCAGACCAAUCACGCUACUCAAUUGCUGUCUUAAGAUCAUUACGAAACUUCUUGCCAACCGUCUCCAAAAGAUCAUCCUAAAAAUCGUGCACCGAAAUCAAUAUGGCUUUUUGAAAGGCGAAUCUAUACAGGACUGUCUGGCGUGGGCAUUUGAGUACAUUUAUCAAUGUCAAACAUCAAAGAAACCAAUUGUCCUCCUUAAACUUGAUUUUGCUAAGGCAUUUGACACUAUUGAGAAUGAGCCAAUGUUGGAGAUUAUGAGACACAUGGGGUUUAAUGACAAAUGGCUAAACUGGAUCCAAACAAUUUUGGCCUCAGUUGGCCUUAAAAUAAACUUCCAAAAAUCCACUCUCAUCCCAAUCAACUGUGAUGAGUCUCUCAGUAACAGCAUUGCUCAAAUCUUCGGUUGCAUGACUGGCAAAAUGCCUUUCACUUACCUUGGGCUGCCUUUGGGGACCACACGACCAUCUGUUCAGGAUCUAAUGCCUUUGGUUUGCAAAGUAGAGCGCCGCCUAACUGCUACCCUUAACAUGAUUUCGUAUGGAGCAAAGCUUUCUCUAGUAAAUUCAGUGAUCACUUCGCUCACGAUCUUUGCUCUAUGUACUCUCAAGCUUCCCAUUUCCAUUAUUGAGCUCUUAGACAAGAUCAGAAGGAAAUGUCUCUGGACUAAAAAGACGGAAUCGAAAAUCCCACAUGCAACGGAUGCAUGUGGUUCCUUCUGGUGGAGAGACAUCACAAAGCUCAUGCCAGUUUAUAGGGGGAUCACCAAAGUCACAAUUCAGGAUGGCUGCACCACUUUACUUUGGAAAGAUCUUUGGAUGGAUGAUAUUCUGACCUCUAGCCACCCCAGGGCCUUUUCGUACACCAAAAAUGAAGAUAUAUCUGUCCAGGCACUUUUAACAGCCGGCACAUUGGGGGAAACCUUCCAUCUUCCCCUUUCUGCGCAGGCUCAUGCAGAGCUGGUGGACCUUCAGCAAUUGCUGGCUCCGAUUACCUUGGACCACGAAAAGGAUAAAUGGACAUGCAUUUGGGGUAAAGGAGAUUACACUGCGAGCCAAUAUUACUCAUAUUACUUCAGAGAAAUAAGAGCUCACCAAACAUACAAGUGGCUGUGGAAAUCUAAGGUCACCAUGAAAAUAAAAGUGUUCGGGUGGCUACUCCUCUCCGAUAGACUAAACACACGAUACAUGCUCAAGAGGAGACACUACAACAUUGGUGACAACCACACUUGCCUGCUGUGUACUUCUCCUAUUGAAGAAACUUCGGAGCACCUUUUCUUCACAUGUCCAUUUAGCCAAGAGUGUUGGUCACAUGUUAAUAUUAUCUGGAUAACACAUGGUACAAGACUUCAAUGGAUUGAGCACGCGAAAACUACGUGGAAUAGCCCGAUGUUCAUGGACCUCUUCCUACAGGCUGCGUGGAGCAUAUGGAAAGAGAGAAACAACAAACACUUCAGAGGGAUUUCACCUUCGAAAUCAUCCUGGCUGGCUAGGUUGAGAGAUGACCUUUCCCUUCUUCGUUACAGAGUGGGAGAGAAACUUCAACCCUUUUUGUCCUCUUUUGUAAAUAGUAUUUAA